CCCAUUGCUCAACAAAUGCCUCAUUUCUGUGUCGUCAUUUCUUUUACGUCAUUGGUGCGCCACCAACGAGGCCAGCGAGGGAAAUGAAUACGAUGGAAAGUAAAUAUAAAAAAUACAAUAUAGAAAAAUACAACAAGAUGUGCGCUACUUAUUUAUUGUAUUAUUAUUUUACUUUUAAUAUGGAUGUCCUUUGAUGUUAGACUGGAAUCCCCGUGGACCAUGAGUUGCUCGUGCCUGGUGAUUGGCUGUCGUGACGUCAGCAAAGAUGAAAGAGCAAAGGGACAUUUAAGCUUGAACGUGGGCUCAAGUCAGGCAGUCUGUGUGUGGAGUGCCUGGCGUGAGUAGUAGUCGACAGCAGCUUUUGAAUGAAUGUGCAUUCUGUUUCCGCUCGUGGAAAGUGUUGUGAAAAUGUGUGCAAGAAGGAGAGCAGAGUACGAACAGGAACUUUGGGAAUCAAAAGUGGAGAACGAGCCACAACGUCAACAACUUUAUGCUCUUUUCACUCUGCAGCCUCUCAUUGUGCUACGCAGAGCAGUGAAGAUCUUGGUCCUGAGGGGCAGGAGCUAGAGCCCCCUCACAUUAAAGAGGAAGUGGAGGAUGAAGAGGUCCACCGCAUCAAAGAUGAAGAGAAAUUGGAGCCCACUCCCAUUAAAAAAGAGGAUGAGGAAGAGCACACUCACAUCAAACAUGAAGUGGAAGAGGACAUCACCAAGUUUCCAUUGACUGGUGUCCCAUUGAAGGGUGAAGAUGAAGGUCAAAGUGAGGGGAGCAGAGGGGCGGAGGCUCCAAGCAACAGCUCAAGUCAACACAUGACAACAGAAGCUGAUGGAGACCACUGUGGAGGAUCACAAGCAAAUGGACUCUUAGCUCCACUAUCAGAUAGUGACGACAUGACGUCACACCCUCCUCACACUGAUGAUGAUGAUGGACAGAGUGAAGGUGAUCUGACAUGUCACACUGAAAACAAACGACGGAAAUGUUCUCAGUGUGGGAAAAUAUUUGCUUUUCUGAGCAAUUUGAAACGACACAUGGAAAUACACACAGGAGAGAAAGUUUUUGCCUGUUCAGUUUGUGGUCAAAGAUUCUCUGUCAAGGGAAGCUUAAAAAGACACACAAAAACCCACGCUGGUGAGAAACCUUUUACCUGCUCAGUUUGCGGUCAAAGAUUCUCUCGUAAGUAUCGGGCUAAAACACACAAGUGUGCAGUGAGAAAAGCAGUGAUGAAGAAGCUUUAAAUGAAAAAUUACAUUUUUAAUAUUAAAGGAAAUUACGAUCAUACUGAUUUACAAAAAUCUACAAUCUUGUAUUCGGUCUACCAUCUUUUAUUUUUUCAAUCUUUUCAUUUUCUUUG